CUGUCCUGUCUGUCUUGUCUGCCAAUCGCCAAUCUGUAUAAACGUAUUGUUUUUAGUUCUGUAGAGGAAAAAAAUAAAAUAAUUAAUAUAAGGUCACAUUUUUAUUGACUUAUUAUGGAAAAUAAGUGUUCCCAAGAAAAAUCUUGCCCGAGUAGAAAAUCAAAUGUAAUUAUAUUAACACCAGAUGAAUUAGCAAAAUUAGGAUUGAUUACAGAAAUAAUACAAACAUCAGUAGACAAUCAAAAAACAAAAAAUAUAGGAAAUGAUACCGACAUAAGAAAAAGGCAGAAAUGGAAAUCCAGUGAAGAUGCCAAAUGUACUACAAUAAAUAAAGUAAAAAAUUUAAAAACAGACAUUGUUCCGAAAACAAAUUCGAAUUCUGAAUUUAAGAAUAAGGAUAAGAAAAAUGUUCCACAAAUUAAACAAAACGAUUCUAGCUCAAUACUUAGUUCUAAAACUUUGAAUAAGAAAAAUAAUAUCUUAAAUACAUCGUCUUCUAGGAUAGACGCAAAUACUAAUCUAAAUAUAAAGUUAACACUUGCUGGGAAAAAUAGAAACGUUUUAAAUAAAAAAUCAAAUGAAAAGAAAGUUGAAAUUUUGAAUUUUAAAUAUAAUAAAAUUCAAGAGAAUACAAAGGUGGAUAUUACUCUUCCAUCGUCUUCUAAAAAUAGUGAGGAUUUUCAAACUUCCGAAGAAUUUAAACAAACUUUAAAGAGAGGCUUGUCUAAAAAAUUACAAGAAUUUGAUGAUCAUAUCAAAUGUGAUACGAAGAUAGAUAGUAAAAAGAAUGAAAAUAGUACAUCUCAGAAAUUAAAUGAAGUAGCAUGUACCACGUUAGAAAAUACUGAGAUUUUAAAUCCAGAUAAUGGCACAAAUGAACUUCCAUCAAAUAGUGCCUCAAGUACUGAAAAAAAAAUAAAUAUUACUGGUAAUACUUCAGUCUGCCUAUCAGAUGGAGAAUUAAAACAGUUGGUGUCUAAAAGUAAUAGAUGUAAAGCUAACAAGAAAUUAUUUCAUGGUGAAAACAGUUUUGUAAAAUUUGAGAAUAAGGAAUCCGAGAAAAAUUUGGAACCAGUCAGAUUAGAAAGUAUUAAACUAAGGAAAGAAAAUAUUAAGAAAAAUUUAAAUACAAAUUGUAGAGAUACAAACAAGCAUCCUAAUUUGAUAAUAAAGAACAAAGGGGAUAGAGUAACAAGCAAUAAACUAUUAGCUGAAGAAAAUAAAGUUGUCGUUAAAGAGGAAGACAACAUGAAUGAUAUAAUACAAAGUACUGAAAAUGAAGGGCUAGUGACUUUCUAUGUGCAAAAAUCACAAAAACCAUUACUAAGUAGUAAAAUAAAUAAUUCAAAUGAAUCACUUGAGUUCGUUACUAAAACAUCAACUAUUCUUCCUAAGAAACGCAAAUAUCUAUUGAAUUAUGUUGUAGAUGAUCUUAAUGAGCAAACUAAAGACACUGAAUCUGAGAAUUCUGUAAAGCAUACAAAUCAACAUACAAUGAAUAUGUCAGAUGUCAUUAAUAUUUCGAAAGAAAUUGAAGAAAAUUGCUUUGGAAAUGAAUUGCCCAAUUCGUCUAAAAAACUCUCGUUAAAUGAUAUGAUUUAUGGUUCCCUUUCAGAUGAUCUCAUUGUUAUGGACAAUGAGCUUUCUGAUGUACAUAAAAAAUUAUAUGUUAAAGAUAAGGUAGAUGCAGAGAAAAAUAAAGAAUUCAGUUCUAAAGAACUAAAACUAGACAUCUCAAAGAAUGAAGUCCAAGAUAAAGACUCUGCAAAAAGUGAAAUUUUCAAUUUUGGGAAAAUUGAAUCAAAUAUAGAUAUAAAAUUACCUAAGAAAAGGGGAAGGCCAAAGAAAAUUUCAAAUUUAGAAGAUACAUGUUCUAUAAGGGAUAACAUUAUUGAUCUUGAGGAUCAUGAGAAAAAUGGUUCAAAUAUUGGGAAGAAAAGAGGGAGGCCCAAGAAAAUUUUAAAUAUAUUAGAUGAUAAUGAUUUAACACCUUCUACAACAGAUAUUUCAGAUAUAGAAAAAAAUAAUGAAUCUGUAAUGAACACAGAUGUUGGGGAGGUGCCCUUUACUCCAAUGCCCAAAAAGAGGGGGCGUAAAAAGAAAUCGGAACAACUAGCCUUAGAAGUACCUGAUGUCGUAGAAAAUAUAGAAUUAGAAGAAUCUAGAAGUGGAAGGAAGAGAAGAAAAAUAAACUAUUUGGAAUUAGCAAAUGAAUUGGAAGAAAACGCUAACGAUAGACCUAAAAGAAAACAUAAAUUUUCUAUACAAAAAAUAGAAAAAAUUAAUAUUAAAAAAGAAAAAAAUGACAGUCAAGUUGAAGAAGAAUCUCUUCAUGGAAUUUCUGAACAGAAUGAGCAAAAAGAAUUAGAUUCAAGUGAAAAUAACACUUUUAAUAAUCCUGAAAUAAACAAAAAUGAUAGAAGUACAAAAAAUGAAGACAGUUUAAAUGCAAUGGUAGAGGGUGAAGGUGAUACUUCAAUAAUUAAUGAUGAAGAAAAUACAGAAAAAAAAAUCAAAUAUCGAAAAACUGGGGAAACUGCAAUGAUGAUGAACACAGUAUUUGCUGCUGCCUUCAAGAAUAGUUCUGCAUGUCGGGCAGAAGAUGACUCAAAUAUAUCUAAUGAGGCAAGUUCAUCCAAUAUCAGCCCAAUAAAUAAGCGUGGCCGAAAGCGAAAGAUAGUUACAAACAUUACUGUAGACGAGGACAAUAUGGUAACUUGUGUAAUAUGCAGUAAAAAAGUAAAUAAUGAUGAAUGGGAUGAACACAAUAGGCAAGAACACAAUAAUUUAGCUUGGAGAAAUGGAGAACCAGAAUUAGCACUAGAUAACAGAUUUGUAGUUGCAAGAAUACUGAAAGCAAUAUUAACAGAAGAUAAGGUCAUAAAAUGUAAUAAAUGUAAGAAUUCUUUUGACAAUGUUGGUAGCUUCACAAACCACAUGGAAAAAUGUAGCGGUGUUAUAUCGUCUAACGGUAUGGUGACUUGCGCCAUCUGUAAAACCGAAAUAGAAAAAACCAAGUGGCCAAAUCAUAAACAACGACAACACAAUAAUUUGGCCUGGAGAAUCGGGGACCGUCCUUUGAAUUUGAACGACAAAUCUUUUGUACUCAACGUCCUCACUGCCCUAUAUAAGGCUAAAAAGCCUUUAUAUUGUGACAAGUGUGGUGGAUCAAAGAAGUCUGUUAUCGGAUUUUUAUCACAUCAGUCUCAAUGCGGUGUAAAACUGGAAGAAACGAAAGUACAAUGUCAAUUCUGUGACAGAAAAGUGCUGCCAGUUAGUAUGCAGACACAUAUAAAAUGGGUUCAUGAGAAGCCAAAGGAAAAGAGUGUAAUACAAGAUGCUGGUUAUUUGGAAGUCGAUACCGAUACAGUAUUAAAAAAGAGGAAAGCGGCAACAACGGCCAUGCUUGUUAUAAAUAAAAUCUCUAGUGAAAAAAUGGUUCAAGAAUAUUCAGAAUACUUCCUGCAGCAAAUGAAUUUCAGUGAAGAAGAUUUUGUUAAAGUCCUCCUGAAAAAAGAACUGGCCAAUGACAAUACUGUCAAAUGUAAAUUUAAUAAUUGCUCAUAUGAAUCCGAUUCAGUAGUUAGCGUAAUAGAACAUAUGAAUUCUUGCCAAGAAAAACCUGAACAGUAUUAUACAUGUAGAAAAUGCCUUUUAAUAUCUACAUCUGAGGAGGAAAUGAAGGAACAUUUGAAAAAUACCCAUAAUAUUGACAUAGUCGAUGAUGAUUAUGAAGAAGCUGAAGAGGAACUGGAGCAAUAUUAUUUGGAAAUGAAAAGGGGAUCGUUAAAUGAAAAAUUUAAAAUGGAAAAAGACCCACAUUACAAAGCUAAACCGACGUUUAUCCUUAAUCUCUCAAGGAGGCCAUACCAAUUGUUCUCAGAAGCUUAUUACUACACGAUGUUGUUCUGUGAACAACAUUAUUCUACAGAAGUGUUAUUCAAACCUCUACGCUAUUUCAAAUCUGAUUGGUUACUACUGAAUGACGAUCUUAUUGGGGAAUACCUACCACAAUGUUUACAGUCCUGUGAUGUAGCGAAAAGAACUGUGAACAAUAAUGAAAACGUUUUAGGAGAUGAUUACACAUUUAAGAAAUUUAAUCUGUUCGAGAGUGAAUCUGGUGAAGGAAUUACAACGAUAUUCUGUGGUGGGCCUAUACAAGCGAUGGCUUGGAUGCCUACUCCAUACACUUCCUCCGAGCGUAGACAAGUCCUUGCCGUGGCAACACUUAAUGAUUUCGACAAAAAAUAUCUCGUUAACCUGCAUUAUAAUGACCAGUCUGUGAUACAGAUCUGGGAUUUUGGGGUCCUAAAGAACAAACAGCCAAUGACCGAGCCUAAACUGAUGUUUUGUUUAGCACACGGUUUUGGUCCCGUGUGGCAUAUCGAAUGGUGCCCUUCAGGCUGCUUUGACACCAAUCCUGAAGAUGACGGUGAAGAAAUGUCCCGGAUGGGACUUCUAGCUGUGGCAGGUUCAGACUCUGCUGUUCAUAUUUACUCCAUACCUUACUUGAAGGAUGAUCAAAUGGGUAUGUUCUACAAAACGAAACCAUUGCUCAGGUUACAUUUAGCACUUAACGAGGAGUAUGGUUUAAGCCGAGAAAAUUUUUAUGCCACAAAGAUAUCAUGGAGCAAGGCUUCGGGGCACAGCUAUAUAGCUGUCGGAUACACUGAUGGGGUGGUAGCCUUGUUCGAUUUAAACACAACAUCAAAUUUAUUGAUAGGCAGAGAUAAGGAUGGCUGCAAAGUUCUUUUACCUUUUAGGUCAUUUCAACCCCACACUCACGUGGUAACAGUGGUUGAUUUGAUUCAUUUGGGUGAUGGAAAAAGGUGGUUAUUGACGGGAUCUUUUGAUCGAAAUAUCAUCGUAUGGGAUUUAUCUAAUGACUUGAAAAUAGUCUCUAGAAGAAACAUUUUAUCUGACGGCUUGUGGUUGACCAAUUGGAUAGCUUUUCUUUCUGCUGUUGAUGAGAGUUCUACAAGACAGAGCUCUGUUCCUACCCUUCUUGCAUCUUACCGUGACUACUUAUACGAACAUGUCAAUUUGGUAUCUUCUUCAUCGACUGUCAAAACAAUUUCCUCAAGUAACUGGCUGAAUGGUAUUCUGUACUGUAAUGCUGUGGGUCAGAUCACUGCAAUUUUUCCUGCCCAGCUUCUGUUUGGAUUAGACACCGACAAGCAUUUAAAAAGUUAUAUCUAUCCUUUUGGUUAUACGAAAUUAAUUGACAAACAUCUGAGACCUGAGGAGAGGCUUACUGAAGCUGAACGUAGGAAAUCUGUCACUGAGAUUAGUAAGAAAAGAGAUGUAGAUAAUGUAGAUCAUAUUUUGACAGAAAAUGUAUUUGACGAGCCUAUUACAUACCAGGAGUGCAGUAAAAAAUAUGGACUACUUUUUUGUGAUGUUAAAAUGGACAGUAUCAAUAAUUUUCAUAAGGAAGGUAAGAAGACGGGAUCUAGUGAAGAAGUAGAAACGUCCAAGGCAAAUUUAUACGCGAUGCAUGCAAUCAACAAAGUGGCUUUCAAUCCUAACUUACAGGCGAGCUUGUACUAUGCCACUGGUUAUCAAGCUGGCUUUGUGCGGGUGACUUACAUGAAGUUUUUGGAAAAAGAUCUGCAGAUUAAAUAGUCGAAGGGAUCUGGAAGACUAAUAUCAACAGACUGCAUGCAAUAUAAAUAUGAAAAUGUUCUCUCAACAUAAACUGAAAUAUAGAUGGAUAAAAAAAUUUUUUUUUUGAACGAUCGAGAUGAACGAAAAGGAAAAAGUUGGAAUUCUUGCCAUACUGUUAGGAUGAUACUGAUGUCAUCUGACUUGAACGGAAUUUUCAGGGCUAUUAUUUAAUUUUAAAUAAUUUUUUGUGCCUCUAAACUAUUCAGGACCAUGAAUAAAAUAAUUUUAUCACAUGAAGCUCAAUAAGUCUUCUAGAUAGCAGUUAAAAAUGAAACUGAAUAAUCCGUAUAAUAAAUUACAUUAAUACUUCGAGAUACACUUAAUAUUUGCAUCAGGAUUAAAGAUUGGGAAAUCAUAAGCAAAUACGUUAGUUGCAAAAUUCAUUAUGUCACAUGAAAAAAAAAAUAGUAGAUUUUCUUGCAGUAAAUUAAAAGUCUUUCGGGAUGAAUUAAUCAGUUUAUAGAGGGUUGCAAAUGUUCUUAAAUAUUUGUAAGGAAAGGUGAUGUUCAAAGAAAUUUUCUUUGCCUAUGAAUAUAAAAUAAUUCAAUAUUGCUUUAUUUGUAAAAAUGAUUGGCCGUUGCACAGUUGAAUUAUACAUAUUCGAUGACCUUUGUAUUAUAUUGUAAUAUAUUUAAGUUAUUUAUUUUAUAAAUAUUGAUGGCUAUAUUAUUAAUCAAUUUGUUAUAUAAUGUUGUUUCAAUUUUACCUGACCUUCCACAUUUAGUACAAAUUCCAUAUAAUUAUUGACAUUUAUUCUCACAACAAUUUUAUUUUUAGGAUGUUCAAUUUUCCUCCUUUCAGUUGGUAUUAUUUGUA